AAUCCUUACUAAUAAUUAGGACAACAGAGAAUAAAUAAUAUCCCCUGUUUCACCAGCUCUCCUUUUCCCUCUCUCUUCCUUUCAAAUUCUCUUUCUCUCUAUAAUAACACACCGUUUGAAUCGGUCCACCAUCAUCUUCUUCAAUCAUCAUUUCCCAAAACAAACAAAACAAAAAAAACCCAUCUUUUUAAAAUUCCUCUCCACAUUUCUUGCACAUUUCCCCCCCCCCCUUCAUUUCAAUUUUCAUGUUCUUUUUGUUGUAAUUUUCUUUAGAAAGUUUGAAUCUUUUUGAAAAAUGACUUCUGUGAAGAACAAUUUCAUGCCACCCAACUUAAUUUCUAACCUAAAUCAGGCACUUUUGAGAAGGAAAUCUGCAGAACAAGAUGAAUCAUGUGAACCCACUUCAUCUUCUUCACAAACUGAAAAUGUGAGUACCGAGGUUGAAGAUGAAGACUGCACAAAACCCAGAAUUUUGGUCACUAAUGGUGAUGGAAUUGAGUCUUCUGGUCUCACCUACCUUGUUCAAGCUCUUGUUAAAGAGGGUCUUUACAAUGUCUAUGUUUGUGCCCCGCAAAUGGAUAAAUCAUCAUCAGGACAUGGGGUUACCUUUGGAGAAACAAUUGCUGUUAGUUCUGUUGAGAUGCAUGGUGCCACGGCUUUUGAGGUUUCAGGCACACCUGUUGACUGCGUCUCACUGGCAUUAUCCGGGGCUUUAUUUUCUUGGUCCAAACCGAUGCUGGUUGUUAGUGGAAUCAACAAGGGAUCCAAUUGCGGGCAUAAUAUGUUUUACUCUGGUGUCGUUGCUGGGGCAAGAGAAGCAUUGAUUGGUGGCAUUCCUUCAAUUUCCAUAUCAUUGAAUUGGAAGAAGGACGAAAGCCAGGAAACUGAUCUCAAGGAUGCUGUGGCUGUUUCAGUACCAAUAAUAAAAGCUGCCAUUAGGGAUAUAGAAAACGGGAGCUUUCCUAAUAAAUGCGCAUUCAGCAUACAAAUUCCAACAUCGCCUUCGACAAAUAAGGGUUUUAAGGUGACUAAGCAAAGUUUGUGGAGAUCCACAUUGUGUUGGCAAGCUACAUCUGUUAAAAAGCAUUCAUACAUGUCUAAUCAACCUGGUUUAGGCUUCCAGCUUGCACAGCUUGGUCGAGAUGCAUCUGCUGCUGGUGCAGCUCGCCAUAAGAAGAAUGAAGAGAUCGAAUCAGUUGGGGUUUCUGGGAAAUCCAAAUCUAACCAGGUUGUAAAAAAGCACUUUCGCCUUGAGUUUAUUGAGAAAGAACACGAUGGAGCGGAUGAAGAUUCAGAUAUCAAUGCUCUUGAAAGCAAUUUUGUUGCUGUUACUCCCAUAUUUAUUUCUCCCUACAUGGAGUCAGACACUCAGACAGCAGCUGCCGAGUGGAUUAUGUCUACUUUCAAAGAAGACCAGUAAGAGCAUAAAACUGUCUGAUAGUUAGCUGACAAUGAAAACGAAGCCAUUAGUUUAAGCUAUCAAGAGACAUACAAAGGGAGCAUGUAUGUUGGGUUGCUUUUGGUUCAUAAAUUAUUUUGUCUCACUCUCUGGUUGUGGAAGCUUAAGGAAAUGCUUCCAUUUUGGAUUUAUAUAAUUGUAGCAUGUUGUAAAUGGCUGACUUUGGCUUUUUUCGAUACGAGAUCGAUUUGAGUUUGGAGUUAAGGGGUUGGCUUUUCUCCACAGCAGUUUUCCCCAAGUUAUGGCUUGAUUUUGUCCACAGCAGUUUUCUUAAGUUAUGACUUGUAGCUUUUGUCUGUUGUACUCUGAACAAAUUUGUAAUCAAGAUGGGCUAGGGUUGAUAAUUAUUGAAUGAAAUUUGACUCA